AUAGAUCACCUGCUGCGCGAAUCUCGCCUUAUGCUUACGACCAUGGCCACAUCUGCCGCACGACCUCCCACUCUCCUAUCGGCCGUCCUCCUCAUAUACCCUGCGACACUAUUACUGGGGUCUUUGUUCUCAACAAUAUCCCCAACAGCACGUCAUUCCAGAGACCCGUUCAGCUCUUCCUCACCCCCCGCAAGCCCUCUGGCCCCAUCCCUGGCUGCAGACCUGCACCUAUCCGAAGGCCCCGUCAACUACUUCGCCCGAAAAAAUAAUAUCUUCAAUGUCUACUUUGUGAAGAUUGGAUGGCUAUGGACCACAGCUGCCUUUGUCUCGCUCCUCAUAUUCCAACCUUCAUACUCUUCAUCUCGCCGGGAAUCUUCCGCACAACAAGAAGCACGUUUCCGACGCAUCCUCCAAGCCAUUCUACGUUACGCACUCAUCACAACAGUAUGGUAUCUUGCAACGCAAUGGUUCUUCGGCCCAGCAAUCAUUGAUCGCGGAUUCGUGGCCACGGGCGGCAAAUGUGAACGAGCCCUCGAUGAGGCCGGGAAAAUGGCCGCUGGCCAGAGCAGCUCCACCAACCUAGAAACACUAUUCACGGCAGCGACGUGCAAAACUGCCGGUGGCGCAUGGAGGGGUGGUCAUGAUAUCAGUGGACAUGUGUUGAUGCUAGUUUUGGCCACGGGAUUCCUGGCUUUUGAGGCUGUCGGGGCUAGCGCACCAGCCUGUUUGUCACGUUUCAGUUCUGCUGGAGACGUGGGACGUGAGCGCAAGGCCAGUGAUGCGGAUAAUACUCCAGUGGCCGAUUCAACCGAGACUGGUGGGUUCGCAGAAACGUGGUCACUCCGUCUUGUCUGGGGCGUUGUUGGCCUGGGCUGGUGGAUGCUCUUCAUGACCGCAAUCUGGUUCCAUACUUGGUUGGAGAAGUGGUCUGGUUUGCUCAUUGCCUUGAGUGCUGUGUAUGCUAUCUAUAUACUCCCGAGACGAAUAGCACCCUUGAGGGAUGUGAUUGGACUUCCGGGAGUAUAG